GGUGAGGAGUAUGUCUUGAAUCAGGCCGGUGGCCGAUGUUUUAUUUGUGGCGUUGACUUUACGUCACCGUCACAUGCCACGCAGCACCUGUCUGGCCAAAAACACAAGAAAAAAUCAGCAAGUCAAACACUUCAGGGAGCUCUGGGCUUAAAUCAGUCGUCGUCACUUGGUCAUUCUCAGUUUCCCGCAGUACUUCAGCAGUCGUCACCGUUCCCAAACCAGAAUAACUCACAGUUGGUCAUGACAGAUUCAUCAGCGGCCCUGCCCCCUUUCACGCCCCCACAGGGUCCCAAUGGGGAAGACUUUGUAAUGAGAGGCACUAGAGGACAUUGCUAUGUAUGUGACAUAGAACUAACAUCUCGUGAACAUGCUCAAUCUCAUUUGAAUGGAUCCAAGCAUGCGAAAAAAUGUGGCGUGAACUCCGUGGCCUCUGCAGACAGCAUGUUUCCACCCCCCGGGAAGGUCCUCAUGUGCGCCUUAUGUCAGGUGCCGUUCUCAUGCAUGAGAAAUGCAGAAGAACAUUUUCAGAGUGAAAAGCACAAGAAAAAAGUUAUGACCAUCAGGCCGAUAUCCUUUUCAGAGCCUGAUUAUUCUAAUGACCCAGAGCAGACUGAAGUGAUGAGACUAUAUUCAUCAACCUCCGUCAGAAGCUCUGGCGUAACAACAUCUACUCCACUGAAAUUGUCCAGCUGUGUGGGAGAUGUUAAUAAUGAAAAGAUUCGAAACAUCUGUAUGGAGAACCCUCGGUCCCAGCAUUCGUCAGGUUUAAAAUCAGAUUCUUCAUUAUGCCCAAGUGAAUCUGAUUGUAGUGGAGUGAUGAACCCAAUUCGGUAUUGUGAAAUCAUUGACACUGCUAAUAAUGCAUCAGUGACUGGUCGCGUUAACAUAUCUAAUCAAAUAAUUGAAGGACCCUGCAUUUCAACUAAUUUAGGUGCAAUUGACACGGCUAAUAAUGCAUCAGUGACUGGUCGUGCUAACAUAUCUAAUCAAACAAUUGAAGGACCCUGCAUUCCAACUACCAGUAAUUUAGGUGCAACAAAAUGCAUUGCUGAAAGUUUCAGUUCAAAUUUGAAUGAGGCUGGAAAAUCACCUAUCAAAAUUGUUGAAAUGAAAAUUCCAUUGGAGAGUUUAACAGACAACACCAUGCAGCCACCCAAUAGCAAUUACACAAGCAAUGUUGUCAGUACCAUGAAGCCAUCCAAUAACUACACGGGCAAUGUUGUCAGUACCAUGAAGCCAUCCAAUAACUACAUGGGCAAUGUUGUCAGUACCAUGAAGCCAUCCAAUAACUACACAGGGAAUGUUGUCAGUACCAUGAAGCCAUCCAAUAACUACACAGGCAAUGUUGUCAAUACCAUGACGCCAUCCAAUAAUACCUCCGCAGGCAACGUUGACAAUACAAUGCAGCUUGCAGGAAGUGAGGCAGUCUCACUAAAUAAAAGUCUUGACAGCAGGAGCUCGGUUGUUUUGGAUGAGCAAAGAAAACUACUUCUAGAAAGUGCUGAGGCUGCUGGGAAUACUUCCUGUCAGUUAGAGCAGCUUCAGACGAAGUUGAAGCAAACUACUUUGAACGGCCCCGCUACUGGAAUUGUAAGAAGUACACCAAAUCAAAAUGUAUUGCAACCAGCUUUUGGGAUUAAUCACAGCGCCCAAACACUCCUACAGGAAAAAUUACCAAGCCUAAAAGAAGAAAACGCUCAGAAUCCAGUGGGAUUUUCACAUGGUGCUUCACAUCAGAUCGGUGCAGCAUAUGAAGAAGAAUCGAGAACUUCUAGGAGGGGUGAGCAGUCUCUACACAGGGAACUGAUUGAGCCUAACUUUUUAAUUAAGCAGCAAAACAGAUCAAGUGAUGGUAAAUUUACCGUCAGUCAUGACAAUGGUGCCCAGCAGCCUGCAAAUGUGUCAGCUGAUGUAGACAUGACUCCCAGCAAGCAAGGGACGUUAAAGGAGGAGCUGCGAGUAAGAUCAGAGCAUGAAGAAUAUACACCCCAUUCAUCUAGACAGUCUGGGCAGAACUUUGCACCACGGGUUUUAUAUUUCAUCCCUACAAGAGACCAGCAGCCGAUGUCUGAGUGCGAGAGAGACGUGGAAUCACAGACAAUAGCAAAUGAGGCAACAGCAAGUGAGUAUGAGAAUCGAAACAAUUCAAUGUCUGGGACUCAAGUGAAAGAUGCGAAAUUUAACGAGGUCAAUCAAGAUCAUGCGAUCCCAGCCAACAGUCGAAAAGUCUCCUAUGAAAAAGAUCAGAAAAUAAAUAACAUUUCUGAAGCUGGUCAAGUUUAUUCUCCAAGUACUGGUCAAGUUUAUUCUUCAAAGGAUUUUGGUGUUACUCUGAAACAAGAAGACAUGUUGCAGCAGCCAAGCCAACGGGAAAACUUUUCCGAAACCAUGAAAGCUGUUGGAAACUUUUCUAAUCAGCAACUAAUUAAGACAAAGGCACCAGGUGCUGGUCAAGUGGCUUAUUCAGGUGCUGGUCAAGUGGCUUAUUCAGGUGCUGGUCAAGUGGCUUAUUCAAGUGCUGGUCAACUUUCUGCUCCGGCUGCUGGUCAAGUUUCUUAUUCAAGUGCUGGUCAACUUACUUCUCUGGCUGCUGGUCAACUUUCCUAUUCAAGUGCUGGUCAACUUUCUGCUCCGGCUGCUGGUCAAGUUUCUUAUUCAAGUGCUGGUCAACUUACUUCUCCGGCUGCUGGUCAACUUUCUUAUUCAAGUGCUGGUCAACUUUCUUCUCUGGCUGCUGGUCAAGUUUCUUCUCUGGGUGCUGGUCAAGUAUCUUCCCUGGGUGCUGGUCAAUUUUCUUUUCUCAAUGCUAGUCAGUUUUCUACUCCGAGUGCUGGUCAAUUAUGUUCUCUGAGUGAUAGUCAGUAUUCUUCUUCGAGUGCUGCUCAAUUUUCUACUCUGAGUGAUGGUCAGGUUUCUUCUCAAAAGGAUUUUGGUGUUACCCUGAGAUCAGCUGACAUGUUGCAGCAGCCUAGCCAUGGAGAAAACCUUUCAGAAGUCUUGGCCAGAAGUCUUGGCCAGGUUGAGCCAGACACCCCAGGUCAGCCAUAUGUAUUCAAUGGAUUGCGUGGGUUCUGCUAUGCAUGUAACUUAGACCUGACCUCCCUUCAACAUGCCAACCAGCAUUUAAAUGGACAGAAACACCAGAAAAAAACUGCCCAGUUUCAUUACACGCAAGCAUUACAAAAGGGAGUCACCUCGCCACUUCCCCCACCAUUAACUCCUGUGGCUUCAAUUCAAACAACCAGCCCCUACCUCGUGCAAGCCCAGACAGCACCCAGUGACAAGCCGUACACAUUCAAUGGCUCCAAGGGAUACUGUUAUGUGUGCAACAUUGAGCUUUCCUCCUACCCACAUGCAAAUCAACAUCUCAAUGGAAAGUCUCACAAGCGUAAUUCUGAGAGAUCCAACAUGGCCAGGCAAGGGAUCGAGUACCCCAAUUACUGUAGCGUCUGCAAGAAAAAGUUCACCGGCACGGAGAGCGCAGCUCAACACUUCACCUCGGUCAAGCACAAAACCAAGGCCUGCCUCAUUGGCGAGGACGUUAUGACUGUGAAACACUUGGAUGAAGGGAGAGUUAUUUUAAAAGAUGGUCAGGUCUGGUAUUUUUGCGAUGUCUGCCAAUGUCCAGUUAAUACAGAGGAGCAGUUUCUCAUUCACAAAGAAACAUCCAAGCACAAAAAGGAGUCGGAAGCAAAACGUGCUAGUCAGUCAGAGUCCCCGGAACAAGACACAGUUUCAAACACAGAGUCGGUUGCUUAUGGGCUUCACUACUUGUUAGAUGGCCAGCCUCAGAAUGUGCAGAGGUGUGUCAGCCCAGGUGCUGCAGUGCCCCAAUGUGUCAUAGAUGAGAACCGCCAUCACCUGACGUAUGGGGAAUCCCCUGUUGUCAGCACAAAUGAACAUCUUCAACCAAGACUUGGCAGUAUGUUGUUUUUUUUCUUUAACUUUUUUAUCUGAGUAGCCAGGUUGGCUUUUUCUUGGUUCAUACUUCUAUGAAAUGGAGUGGGGAUCAUAAUUAUAAACAUUUAAUUCUAUUAGAUCAUUUCACUUUAUUAAAAUUAAUUGGACGUAGAAAACUGCAACAGUGUCAAAGCAAUGGUGAUAGCACUCACUUUUGUCAAGGCAAUGGUGAUAGCACUAACUUUAGUCAAGGCAAUGGCGAUAGCACUUACUUAUGUCAAGGCAAUGGUGAUAGCACUCACUUUUGUCAAGGCAAUGGUGAUAGCACUCACUUUUGUCAAGCCAAUGGUGAUAGCACUCACUUUUGUCAAGGCAAUGGUGAUAGCACUAACUUUAGUCAAGGCAAUGGUGAUAGCACUCACUUUUGUCAAGGCAAUGGUGAUAGCACUCACUUUUGUCAAGGCAAUGGUGAUAGCACUCACUUUUGUCACGGCAAUGGUGAUAGCACUCACUUUUGUCAAGACAAUGGUGAUGGCACUCACUUUUGACAAGGCAAUGGUGAUAGCACUCACUUUUGUCAAGGCAAUGGUGAUAGCACUCACUUUUUUCAAGGCAAUGGUGAUGGCACUCACUUUUGUCAAGGCAAUGGUGAUGGCACUCACUUUUGUCAAGGCAAUGGUGAUGGCACUCACUUUUUUCAAGGCAAUGGUGAUGGCACUCACUUUUGUCAAGGCAAUGGUGAUAGCACUCACUUUUGUCAAGGCAAUGGUGAUGGCACUCACUUUUGUCAAGGCAAUGGUGAUGGCACUCACUUUUGUCAAGGCAAUGGUGAUAGCACUCACUUUUGUCAAGGCAAUGGUGAUGGCACUCACUUUUGUCAAGGCAAUGGUGAUAGCACUCACUUUUGUCAAGGCAAUGGUGAUAGCACUCACUUUUGUCAAGGCAAUGGUGAUAGCACUCACUUUUUUCAAGGCAAUGGUGAUAGCACUCACUUUUUUCAAGGCAAUGGUGAUGGCACUCACUUUUGUCAAGGCAAUGGUGAUGGCACUCACUUUUGUCAAGGCAAUGGUGAUGGCACUCACUUUUUUCAAGGCAAUGGUGAUGGCACUCACUUUUGUCAAGGCAAUGGUGAUAGCACUCACUUUUGUCAAGGCAAUGGUGAUGGCACUCACUUUUGUCAAGGCAUUGGUGAUGGCACUCACUUUUGUCAAGGCAAUGGUGAUAGCACUCACUUUUGUCAAGGCAAUGGUGAUAGCACUCACUUUUUUUAACCAAAUAAAAUUGUCUUAUUAAAUUGUUUUUAAAAAAUGAAAUAUUCAGCAUAUUUAGAAAAUAAAAUAUGACUUUUCUCUUGAUCACCGACUAAAUAUAGAAUAUUUUGGUCAUAUUUAUUGUAUUUUUAUUACUAAAUGUAAGUUGGUUUUAUUUCCUUCAAAAGUUGCGUGCUUGAAAAUUAUUUGACUAAUGAGUUACUUUUGAUACAAAACAGUGACAAUGUUGUAUUAAAUUUAUCUUACUGAUAAACGGUGUUAUAACUGUGUUAUUUUUUAUGCAGCUCCUCCAAGAGAAGAUGUCAUCACCAAUGUAGCGUUUACUGCAAAAGGUCGACCAAUUUUAGGAGGUGGAGCAGCAUCAGCUUUUGCGCGUCCCCAAAUUGAGGUCAGCCACAACCCAGUGGAACGCUAUGCAGCCCAUGUGAGCCCAACAGUUUUCUCGCAACAGCCUGGCCCAACAGCUUUCUCGCAACAGCCAGGCCAAGGUUCCUCAACAGAUUAUUCACACUUUGGAAAUUCUACUGGCUUCAGUCUGCAUCAUUUUGGUGCUGUCGGCGAGAGGAGUGGGUCAAGUAAUGUUGGUGGCGGCUCAGGAAGUACCGGCAGCUCAGGAAAGACCAGCAGCUCAGGAAGUACCGGCAGUCUGGGAAAUCAUCAUGGGCAGACGAGGGGAGAACCCUCAAGUGGUAAUGGGUUGGCGACAAGAUCUAGUGAUGAGCAAGGAGCUGCUGGAUGGACAUCUGGGAGAGAAGAUGAUGAUUUUAAUGAUGGCGGGUCAGUUGCGUUCGGGAAUGAUGGUGGAAACACACCAAGGCUGAGUGAAGAAGGAUUUAUGAAAAUGCCCGGAAAAACUCAGCGCAGCAUCAGUCGAGGACGAGACAAGGGUCCAAGGGACAUAAUUUCAUUGGAUAAAUGUGAAGAAGAUUAUGAAAAUGACGAAGAUUCUUAUGCCCAGGAAGAGCUGCGUAAGAAUUUGAAUAUUCAGGAUGAAAUUGAAAAAUCGCCUCAGCCGAGCCCUGCUCCUGAAAGUCCUGCUCCAGAAAGGAGCACCAAACAGGGUUUUCGGUAUUACUGCAGGACCUGCGACAAACACAUGAACACACUGGAAAACUAUAAUGCACACAUCAAGGGCAACAACCACUUGUAUAUGUCAUCUUUCAGGUCGGCCCCAACUCGCAAUCUUGAUCCGAUUAUGAAAACAUUUAAUGAACUGCCCCCUUGUCACAACCUUUUCAAUAUCUGCAACGACUAUGCUAGAUGUUACCAGGUAGAACUUGUUAUAAAAGCAAUGGCUGGAGAUAAGAUUAUCUAUCUGCCCACUGGUGAGUGAACAUUUGUAAAUGUGUUGUAAUUUUGUUGAUGGACAUAUCUGCACACAAGUACGCAACAGUUUUAAUUUUACCUAAGAUGGUAGUUGGUAUUAAAAUUGUUUUUAGUAUUUGUUUAAAAAGCACUAGAGUAUUCUCAUUUACCUGGAGGACAACUGAGCUCUACAUCACAGAAAAAAUAAUUGUGGUGCUUGGAUCACUGGGCAUUUUCUUUAGAAGGGUUUUUUAGAACCAAAUAUGCAAUCUUCUCUAUAAUUUUAUUGAAUUCCUGUAUGAACGUCAGUCUGUAUUCCCUGUAAUUUCACACUAUGUUUGUGACAUUUGAAAGGAUAUUUUCAGCUCCUAGUCGCUCUAAUUUGUCUUAAUAGCUAUACAAAUUUAGAAGCAAAUGUGAGGCAAUGUUCCCACUAAUUUAACAUAAUGACCCGUGCGCAAAGAAACUCCAUUGAUCUGUUUCAACCAGUGUCAUGCCUCGUGUUGUGUCAUGUUGUGUCAUGCCUCAUGUUGUGAAAAGCCUUAUGUUGUAUCAUGGCUUUGUUGUGUCAUGGUGUGUCAUGCCUCGUGUUGUGGCAUGUCUCAUGUUUUGUCAUGUCUCAUGUUGUGUCAUGUCUCAUGUUGUGUCAUGUCUCAUGUUUGUCAUGUCUCAUCAUGUGUCUUGGGUCAUGUUGUGUAAUGGCUCAUGUUGUGUCAUGGCUCAUGUUGUGUCAUGGCUCAUGAUGUGUCAUGUCUCAUGUUUUGUCAUCCCUCAUCAUGUGUCUUGGGUAUUGUUGUGUCAUGCCUCAUGGUGUGUCAUGCCUCAUGUUGUGUUAUGGCCCAUGUUGUGUCAUGGCUCAUGUUGUGUCAUCGCUCAUCAUGUGUCAUGCCUCAUGGUGUGUCAUGCCUCAUGUUGUGUCAUGCCUCAUUUUGUGUCAUGGCUCAUGUUUUGUCAUGCCUUAUGUUGUGUCAUGGCUCAUGUUGUGUCAUAACUCAUGUUUUGUCAUGCCUCAUGUUGUGGCAUGUCUCAUGUUGUGUCAUGUCUCAUGGUGUGUCAUGUCUCAUGUUUGUGUCAUGCCUCAUGGUAUGUCAUGUCUCAUGUUGUGUCAUGCCUCAUGGUGUGUCAUGAUGUGUCAUGCCUCAUGUUGUGUCAUGUGUGGAUUUCUGUUUCAUUUUAUAACAAAUGUUUUGGACAUUGCUACUUACAUCUCAUGGAAAUAAAAAUUCCUUACUAGCUCUUUAAAACAGAACAUAGGUUUUGGGCUAAUUUUAUCCCUUUUGCAUUGGUUCAAUGCAGUGCUCCUCAAAUUGGAGGCCCCUAGGUAAGUUUGAUUGCCUGAAAUGGUAAAUAUCUCAAUGAAAUAUUAUUAUUAUAGCUCAGUGUUAAGGCUGCUGAACAUUUAGAUUGUUUUCUACUGAAGAAAAGUAUUUGUUAUUUUUAUAUGUUGUUUAACACUGUUUUUCAAAUUAUUUUGCUUCUCUUACUAAAGACAUCAGGGAUAUCAGACACUGAAGUUUGCUGCAAAUCAAGCAAUAAAUUGUUGUGUACUUGUCAGUUAUAGAUAAAGUUUUUAAGCAUUUUUUUUUUACAUUGCUUAACUAUUUUGAUAUUUUUUAAGAACUUUUUUAUAGAAUAGUCUAAAUUUACCUACCAGUUCAUAUGAACCAACUUAUUUUACCAAACAUUUUUGUUGAAAUAAUUAAUGGUAAAUGUAUUUGCAGUUGCGAGGAGAUGAAGUCAAUCUUCUUAAAACUAAAUCAUUCAUCUCUACUUUUGUAUCCCAGUUUAUUUAUAGCACAAAUUGUGGUGUUGGCUUGGAAAAGUUGGCGAACCACUGUAUUUGUGCCUUAGAGUUAACAUAAAGACAUUUUAAAUUGUUUACACUGGUAAUUUAAUUUCUCAAUAAGGUUGUUGAAAAAAUCUGUUAAGAACGAUAUAAUGUUGUGCCGGCAGGAACCGGGAAAACUCUGGUGGCCGUCAUGACCAUGGCAGUGAUGUUGGAGGAGAACCCCUCGCGGCCAGUUCUUUUUCUUGUGGAUAAAGUGCUCCUUGUGCUUCAGCAAACAAAUUACAUUAAGAGGCAACUUGAAGGAAAGACGUUCACAAGGUAAUGUAUCUGGCAAUGUGAGGCAAGGGGCUGGGAUUUGGUAGAGAUUUUCACAGGGUAAUGUGUCUGGCAAUGUGAGGCAAGGGGCUGGGAUUUGGUAGAGAUUUUCACAGGGUAAUGUGUCUGGCAAUGUGAGGCAAGGGGCUGGGAUUUGGUAGAGAUUUUCACAGGGUAAUGUGUCUGGCAAUGUGAGGCAAGGGGCUGGGAUUUGGUAGAGAUUUUCACAGGGUAAUGUGUCUGGCAAUGUGAGGCAAGGGGCUGGGAUUUGGUAGAGAUUUUCACAGGGUAAUGUGUCUGGCAAUGUGAGGCAAGGGGCUGGGAUUUGGUAGAGAUUUUCACAGGGUAAUGUGUCUGGCAAUGUGAGGCAAGGGGCUGGGAUUUGGUAGAGAUUUUCACAGGGUAAUGUGUCUGGCAAUGUGAGGCAAGGGGCUGGGAUUUGGUAGAGAUUUUCACAAGGUAAUGUGUCUGGCAAUGUGAGGCAGGGGGCUAGGAUUUCGUAGAGAUUUUCACAGGGUACUGUGUGUUGCAAUGUGAGGCAGGGGGCUGGGAUUUGGUAGAGAUGUUCACAAGGUUUUGUCUCUGGCAAUGUGAGGCAGGGGGCUGGGAUUUGGUAGAGAUGUUCACAAGGUACUGUGUCUGGCAAUGUGAGGCAAGGGGCUGGGAUUUGGUAGUGAUGUUCACAAGGUAAUGUAUCUGGCAAUGUGAGGCAGGGGGCUAGGAUUUGGUAGAGAUGUUCACAGGGUAAUGUAUCUGGCAAUGUGAGGCAGUGGGCUAGGAUUUGGUAGAGAUGUUCACAAGGUAAUGUAUCUGGCAAUGUGAGGCAGGGGGCUGGAAUUUGGUAGAGAUGUUCACAAGGUACUGUGUGUUGCAAUGUGAGGCAGGGGGCUGGGAUUUGUAAGUGAUGUUCACAAGGUAAUGUAUCUGGCAAUAUGAGGCAGGGGGCUAGGAUUUGGUAGUGAUGUUCACAAGGUAAUGUAUCUGGCAAUGUGAGGCAGGGGGCUGGGAUUUGGUAGAGAUGUUCACAAGGUUUUAUCUCUGGCAAUGUGAGGCAGGGAGCUGGGAUUUGGUAGUGAUGUUCACAAGGUUUUAUAUCUGGCAAUGUGAGGCAGGGAGCUGGGAUUUGGUAGAGAUGUUCAAAGGGUACUGUGUCUGGCAAUGUGAGGCAGGGGGCUGGGAUUUGGUAGAGAUGUUCACAGGGUACUGUGUCUGGCUAUGUGAGGCAGGGGGCUGGGAUUUGGUAGAGAUGUUCACAGGGUACUGUGUCUGGCAAUGUGAGGCAGGGGGCUGGGAUUUGGUAGAGAUGUUCACAGGGUACUGUGUCUGGCAAUGUGAGGCAAAGGGCUGGGAUUUUGUAGAGAUGUUCACAGGGUACUGUGUCUGGCAAUGUGAGGCAGGGGGCUGGGAUUUGGUAGAGAUGUUCACAGGGUACUGUGUCUGGCAAUGUGAGGCAGGGGGCUGGGAUUUGGUAGAGAUGUUCACAGGGUACUGUGUCUGGCAAUGUGAGGCAGGGGGCUGGGAUUUGGUAGAGAUGUUCACCGGGUACUGUGUCUGGCAAUGUGAGGCAGGGGGCAGGUAUUUGGUAGAGAUGUUCACAGGGUACUGUGUCUGGCAAUGUGAGGCAGGGGGCUGGGAUUUGGUAGAGAUGUUCACAGGGUACUGUGUCUAGCUAUGUGAGGCAAGGGGCUGGGAUUUGGUAUAAAGUUCUGGGAAUCUCUUUUGAUCAUGCCAUUUAAACGAUGUAGGUCUAUAAUGUUGUUGUCAUCUAUGAUGGUCUUGGCCAUCUAUGAUAGUCUUGGCCAUCUCUGAUGGUAUUGACCAUCUAUGAUUGUGUUGGCCAUCUCCUGAGGGUGUUGGCCAUCAAAUGAGGGUGUUGACCAUCUAUGAUGGUGUUGGCCAUCUAAGAAGGUUUUGCCCAUCGAUGGUGGUGUUAGCCAUUUAAUGAGGGUGUUGGUCAUCAAAUAGGGGUGUUGGCCAUCUAAUGAGGCUGUUAGCCAUCUAAUGAGGGUGUGGGCCAUCUAAUGAGGGUGUUGGCCAUCUAUUGAUGGUGUUAGCCAUCUAAUGAGGGUGUUAGCCAUCUAAUGAGGGUAUUAGCCUUCUAAUGAGGGUGUUUUCCAUUUAAUGAGGGUGUUUGUUUGCCAUCCUUGAUGGUGUUGGCCAUUUAAUGAGGGUGUUGGCCAUCUAUGAUGGUGUUGGCCAUUUAAUUAGGAUGUUGGCCAGUGAAGGUACAAAUCACUUUAGUAUGCCAAUAGAUUGUAUGCAAUGAGGUGCUAACAAUAAAAAAAUAUUUUGGAAUAAAAUCGGUUCCUUGUUUUUCCUGAAAUGUCACUUUUUAAGCUCAUGUUUAAAAUUGAUUGAACCAGCACAGGGCAUUUUCAUAACCUCUUGUCUUGCUUGUAAAGACUGGCUUUUGCAUAUCACCCACCAUCUAAAUCUCUCGAUCUGUAUUCCUAUCAGAACUGACUUAAAGGACGGGAAAGCAAUCAUAAAGCGGGAAGUCGUCAUAAAGGCCAUUUGCGGUGGUCUCACUUCUAAAAGUGAACUGCCGAUAUGGAAGUUUGACAUUGUGAUCACAACAGCGGGUGAGUUAAAACUGUUAAGAAUAGCUGAAAUGUCAGCUAGAUUUUCCCACCCCCACCAGCACCAACUCACACCCCCCCCCACACGCACCCACUCACACUCCCCACAAAGAGUUCUUAUAUAUGGGUUUACUUACAUUCUUUUCCCCCUCUAUUAUUUGCCUAUUUCUUGCCACUAAUAUUUUGGUUUUGGUUUUUCACAAAUUUUAAAUAGCUGUGGAAACUGGCCCGGGCGUAACAGUUACUCAGACAAACAUUACAAUACCAGACAAGCAUUACUAUAUCAGAAAAACAUUACUGUAUCAGACAAACAUUACAAUAUCAUCAGGCAAACAUUACUAUAUCAGACAAACAUUACAAUAUCAUCAGGAAAAUAUUACAAUAUCAGACAAACAUUACUGUAUCAGACAAAAAUUACAACAGCAGAAACAUCAAAAUAUCAGACAAACAUUACAAAAUCAGAAUCAGGCAAACAUUACAAUAUCAAAAUAAACAUUACAAUAUCAGACUACAAUAUCAGACCAGCAUUAUAUUACCAGACAAACAAUAUGACAUCGUUUAUAAAAAAUUAAUUUCAUUAAGAAGAAUCACUGAGUUCAAUUGUCAAUUUUAUCACAAACAAUUAUCCAAACAAUUAUCCAAACAAUUAUCCAAACAUUUAUCCAAACAUUUAUCCAAAUAUUUAUCCAAACAAUUAUCCAAACAAUUAUCCAAACAAUUAUCCAAACAAUUAUCCAAACAAUUAUCCAAACAAUUAUCCAAACAUUUAUCCAAACAAUGAUCCAAACAAUUAUCCAAACAUUUAUCCAAACAAUUAUCCAAACAAUUAUCCAAACAAUUAUCCAAAUAUUUAUCCAAACAUUCAUCCGACACUUGCAGAAGAAUUAAGACAUUUCUGGUCUCUAAUAAUAUAAAUUCUGUGUUAAGCAUUCUGUCACAACAUGCUGCAGAGAGGCCUCAUCCGAUGGGAAGAUUUCUCACUGAUAGUGCUGGACGAGGUCCAUCACUGCAACAAGCAACAUCCCUAUCACAAGCUGCUCAGCGGCUAUCACAACUGUCUGCAGCCGCCCAGUAAUCGGGCCAAGAUGUUGGGUCUCACGGCAUCCCCGGCCGGUAAAACCUCUGAAGUGGAAACAUACAACAUGCUACGAGGAUUGUUGGCGAAUCUAGGUCAGUGGGACAAUGAGGCGUAUAUUGCAUACAUCCUUCAACUGUUAUUUCUUUUCUUUGUUGUUUAACCUAGAAUAAUGAAUUAGCAAUCUCUCUACUAUAUCUUAAAGAAAAUUAUACAAUUGGAAACCAUUUUUGUACAUUUCAAACUUGUGCCUAUGAUCUUGUCUUGGUUUUAAAAAAUGGAAAAAUUAUUGAAUGAAAAGAAAAGUCUCCCACGUAUUGUAGAACUUGGUGGGCUUCUUACAUCCUAUACGGUGAUAAUUAUGGGGACCAUUGAUGAAACUAAUCACUCCAAACAUCAACUUCAUCAUUUGUAGAUGUUUGUAAGUUGUCUGUGGACAUUGGAUUUACGCUGCUCAGUUUGCAAGCCCUAAGAAAUGUGUACCAACAGUAUUAUAAAGUUAAGGUUAAAAAAAUAAUUAAAAAAUUGAAGUUUAGGAGAAUAAAUGAAUUGUUUCCACCAGGUGGUGCUGGCGUAGCUAUUGUGGAAAGUGAAGAGGAUGAGUUAAAGACAUACGAGUCCAGUGCAGAAGUGCACGCCAUCUGUGUCCCCAUGUCCAACAGAGAGAGAGAGUUUCAUUUGCACCUCCUGGAAUACACGGUGAUGUGCUAUUCAAAAUUUGCCCCGUUAUCAUCCCUGCGAGAUGUCAGGACUGCUCCUUGUUCUUUUCUUCUCCAAGCCAUGCAAGACCCUUUGAACAGACAGGUGAGAUGUUUGAUAACUUCAUUUUUGUUUACAUCAUUUAGAUAAACACAUUCAGUUGCUCAGUUAUCUGGUAAGUAGGGAAUAACACAGAGCUUAUUCUGGCUACGCAUUAUGAUUCAUCAAAGUUUGUCAGUUAGUUGAGUUACUUAUUCCAAAGUAUCUGAAGCAAAAGUUAAAUGCUGAUUUGCUAACCUUCGUCUAGCAUUUUCAUCAAAUUAAGGUUUAUAUUAGGAACAAGAAAUGAGAAAGCUUGAAAUAUAAUUGAAAACAAUACAACAGACAAAUGGUCAGCAAUGCUUCUCAGGUGAACAAGAAAUAAAAAGAGGAAAAUAGAGUUUAAAAUGAAGUUGCCCUCAAACCGGAAGGCAAUUCAGGAAGUAAACUUUGCACUACUUUAAUGCAAUAACUGCAGUAUUAAACUAAAUUUAACCCAGCAUACCUGAUGAGUUUUUAAACCAAGUUUGUUGGUCAUCAGUCAGACAAGGUGUGGGUAGGCUGUUUGAUGCCCACUCUGAGCCAUUUUCUAAGAAUUUCAGUUAUUUUACAUUUUCUAAUUCCUGCUUACAAAAGAUUAUUGUGUUUGUGAUUUGAUGUCAGAUCAAGGUCAUGGCAGGUCAAGGUCAAAUUAACAGCAUUAAAAAAAAAACAUUUGCCUUGUAACUUUUCACAUUAAUAUUUCAACUUUUUAAAAAAAAACUUUUUCUGUUAACAUUUUUCAUCUUUUUUCAUUUAAACACUAAAUAAUGGUGAUAAUUAAAGAAAGAACACUUUAUUUUGAAAGUUGGAUAUUGUUUCAGAUAAAGUUAUUUUAAAAAUAUAACUAAAAUAAGAAGGGUUUGCUCUUCUUCACCAGAUUUUUAGUUCAUAGUUUUCUUGUGACUGUUGGACUUGUGCCAUGUACACAGACUGUUGGACUUGUGCCCUGUACACAGACUGUUGGACUUGUGCCCCGUACACAGACUGUUGGACUUGUGCCCUGUACACAGACUGUUGGACUUGUGCCCUGUACACAGACUGUUGGACUUGUGCCCUGUACACAGACUGUUGGACUUGUGCCCUGUACACAGACUGUUGGACUUGUGCCCCGUACACAGACUGUUGGACUUGUGCACUGUACACAGACUGUUGGACUUGUGCCCUGUACACAGACUGUUGGACUUGUGCCCUGUACACAGACUGUUGGACUUGUGCCCCGUACACAUACUGUUGGACUUGUGCCCCGUACACAGACUGUUGGACUUGUGCACUGUACACAGACCGUGGGACUUGUGCACUGUACACAGACCGUGGGACUUGUGCCCCGUACACAGACUGUUGGACUUGUGCCCCGUACACAGACUGUUGGACUUUUGCCCCGUACACAGACUGUUGGACUUGUGCACUGUACACAGACCGUGGGACUUGUGCACUGUACACAGACCGUGGGACUUGUGCCCCGUACACAGACUGUUGGACUUGUGCACUGUACACAGACUGUUGGACUUGUGCACUGUACACAGACUGUUGGACUUGUGCACUGUACACAGACCGUGGGACUUGUGCCCCGUACACAGACUGUUGGACUUGUGCACUGUACACAGACUGUUGGACUUGUGCACUGUACACAGACUGUUGGACUUGUGCCCUGUACACAGACUGUUGGACUUGUGCCCUGUACACAGACUGUUGGACUUGUGCACUGUACACAGACUGUUGGACUUGUGCACUGUACACAGACUGUUGGACUUGUGCACUGUACACAGACUGUUGGACUUGUGCCCUGUACACAGACUGUAGGACUUGUGCCCCGUACACAGACUGUUGGACUUGUGCACUGUACACAGACUGUGGGACUUGUGCCCCGUACACAGACCGUGGGACUUGUGCCCCGUACACAGACUGUUGGACUUGUGCCCUGUACACAGACUGUUGGACUUGUGCCCUGUACACAGACUGUUGGACUUGUGCCCUGUACACAGACUGUUGGACUUGUGCCCCGUACACAGACUGUUGGACUUGUGCCCUGUACACAGACUGUUGGACUUGUGCCCUGUACACAGACUGUUGGACUUGUGCCCUGUACACAGACUGUUGGACUUGUGCCCUGUACACAGACUGUUGGACUUGUGCCCCGUACACAGACUGUUGGACUUGUGCCCUGUACACAGACUGUUGGACUUGUGCCCUGUACACAGACUGUUGGACUUGUGCCCUGUACACAGACUGUUGGACUUGUGCCCCGUACACAGACUGUUGGACUUGUGCCCUGUACACAGACUGUUGGACUUGUGCCCCGUACACAGACUGUUGGACUUGUGCACCGUACACAGACUGUUGGACUUGUGCACUGUACACAGACUGUUGGACUUGUGCCCCGUACACAGACCGUUGGACUUUUGCCCCGUACACAGACUGUUGGACUUUUGCCCCGUACACAGACUGUUGGACUUGUGCCCCGUACACAGACUGUUGGACUUGUGCCCCGUACACAGACUGUUGGACUUGUGCCCCGUACACAGACUGUUGGACUUGUGCCCCGUACACAGACUGUUGGACUUGUGCCCCGUACACAGACUGUUGGACUUGUGCACUGUACACAGACUGUUGGACUUGUGCACUGUACACAGACCGUUGAACUUUUGCACUGUACACAGACCGUUGGACUUGUGCACUGUACACAGACUGUUGACUUGUGUACUGUACACCGACUGUUGGACUUGUGCACUGUACACCGACUGUUGGACUUGUGCGCUGUACCAACACUGUUGGACUUGUGCGCUGUACACAGACUGUUGGACUUGUGCGCUGUACACAGACUGUUGGACUUGUGCGCUGUACCAACACUGUUGGACUUGUGCGCUGUACCAACACUGUUGGACUUGUGCGCUGUACCAACACUGUUGGACUUGUGCGCUGUACACAGACUGUUGGACUUGUGCGCUGUACCAACACUGUUGGACUUGUGCGCUGUACCAACACUGUUUGACUUGUGCGCUGUACCAACACUGUUGGACUUGUGCCCUGUACACACAUAAUGUUUCACUGCCCAUAGAUAAAAAUAAUGUCAUGUUUUCUUCAAUGUAUUAUUUCAUAAAUUGUUGCUCUUAUGCAUUGGCUUGAUCCCCAACCACCACCUGUGAUUUGUAGGUGACCAGACAAAUUGCUGAGAACUUUCUGAAAGAUGAAGAACCCUUGUCUGAGCUGCUGAUUCAGAUCAACAUGGCCACCUGCCUGUCCAAAGACAAUCAGGAUGUCAAAUUCAAAUUCGAUCAUCUAAAAUUGCACCUGCAAACAUUAUUAUUGACCAUCCCUGAGGUGGGGACGGGCGCAAACUUCAUCGAAGAACUUUGUAAAGUCUUGGCUCCAAGUGACACAGUCCAGGUAAGCAAAACUAGUAAAAUACUAGACUAUCUCCCAUUAAUCUACAAACUCUUUAAUCUUCUUCUUCUUUUUUUUCCUUUUCAACUCCCACUGGAGCAUUGGCUGUUAACAAGUUCUUUCCAAGCCUUCCGGUCUCUUGCUAUCUUCUCUAAAUCUUUUGAACUCAUUUCUAUCUUUAGGAAUUAAUUUUACACAAAGAGUUUGCUUCAAUAGAAAUAGCUGUCAACUACUAGAUUGUUCAUCACUAUGGUAUGUAUGCCGUAAGGGGUCUAACUCAGCGUUUCCCAAACUUGUGAGUUUCACGGACCGGUGGACUAGUUUAGAAACUGCACCAGAUUUAUUAAUUACAUUUUCUUUCUAUUUAAACAUCAAUAUUCAUGCUCUCUGGACCGGUAACGUAAGGCUCGUGGACCAGAACCGGUCCACAGACCAACCACUUUGAGUAGCACUUGUCUAACUGACAUUAAAUGGUCCACUUGCUACCAGGGAAUAGAUGGACCAUCAAAAUGGUAUACUUACUGCUGGUGAUGAAUAACAAGGAUUGAAAGAACUAGCCACCACAGAUACAGCCACUAUUGUUAAAUCUAUUUGGUCCCGUAUAAGAUAUUUCGUCAUCUUUGAAGAGUUUGAUCCUUUAUAUACCUUAACCAACUGUGCCAGUGACGACCAUUUAUCGUUUUAUUUAAUGAUUUUAACUUAAAAUAAUCUUUGUGUGUGUGUUGUUUUUUUUCAGAUGUGAACGUGUUUUAUUUUGGUUUAGAAAAUUUUGACUUAAAUAUGCUUCUUUUUUUUCUUAUUUUUCUUAACAAUUUUUAAAAACACAGGUGUUUGAGUCCAUGGGACUGCCGUGUAAACAGAUGUUAGGCAUCGUCAAAUUGUUUGAAGACAAUGGGGAAAAGGACAACACCAUGUUUGCCAAGCUGAUUGAGGUUAGUGCUAGUGGGUGGGUGAGGUCAAGCUGUUUGGGGUUAGUGCAAGUGGGUGGGUGAGGUCAAGCGGUUGGGGUUGCUAGUGUGUGGGUGAGGUCAAGCUGAUUGGGGUUAGUGCUAAUGGGUGGGUGAGGUCAAGCGGUUGGAGUUAUUGCUAGUUUGUGGGUGAGGUCAAGCUGAUUGGGGUUAGUGAUAAUGGGUGGGUGAGGUCAAGCUGAUUGAGGUUAGGGCUAGUGGGUGGGUGAGGUCGAGCUGAUUGGGGUUAGUGCUAGUGGGUGGGUGAGGUCAAGCUGAUUGAGGUUAGUAGAGCUGGUCGAUGGCAGACACAUGAUUCAGUUACAGAAUCCUUGUUAAUUAACGAAAAGUUAGUUUUCUAGUGGAAGUUACUGUUUGCAUGUCGUGUCAUGACAUACCCUCUAAGCUAUAACAUUCCAUCUUGUCAAACAAAAGUGAUAUAAUUUUACGAAGUAGAAGAACUAAGAUAGUUAUUGUUAAACACUAGUGAUAUGAUUGUAUGAAGUAGAAGAACUAAGAUAGUUAUUGUUAAACACUAGUGAUGUAAUUGUAUGAAGUAGAAGAACUAAGAUAGUUAUUGUUAAACACUAGUGAUGUAAUUGUAUGAAGUAGAAGAACUAAGAUAGUUAUUGUUAAACACUAGUGAUGUAAUUGUAUGAAGUAGAAGAACUAAGAUAGUUAUUGUUAAACACUAGUGAUGUAAUUGUAUGAAGUAGAAGAACUAAGAUAGUUAUUGUUAAACACUAGUGAUGUAAUUGUAUGAAGUAGAAGAACUAAGAUAGUUAUUGUUAAACACUAGUGAUGUAAUUGUAUGAAGUAGAAGAACUAAGAUAAUUAUUGUUAAACACUAGUGAUGUAAUUGUAUGAAGUAGAAGAACUAAGAUAGUGCCACAUUAAACUUGGUGAAUAAAUUGAUUGGCAUAGAGGGUUCACUUAUUCCACACCUAUCAAACAUGAUUUUUAUAGGUGGGGAAGAGGGAAUGGUAUUGGUGGGAGCAGGGGGGGGGGUAUGUGUGUUGCAGGCAGCAAUAAUGAUAUUUCUCCAUUCAAGUUCAUAUAAUCCUUUUGCUUCUUCAUAUAUCAAUUAGAAAAAAAUCUUUAAUUACCACCAAAAGUAAAUAUAAAGCACUAAUUAUUUAAAUGUGCAUGCCUGCUAACUGCAUGAUAAUCCUUAUAUCUAUUAAAUGUAUAGGCUAAAUAUGUUAUGUAUUAAAUAUAUAGACUAAAUAUGUUAUUUAUUAAAUAUAUAGGCUACAUGGAUAGUUUGCUACAUGAUUUUGUUCAAACACCUUCAGAUUUUACAAGAUAAACGCAAGAUUAAUAUCCAAGAUCAGGCUUCAAAGGCCCUUGUCCUCGUGAGAGAGCGAAAGAUUGCACGGCAGAUAAGUCACAAACUUCGCGAAGAGCCCUUGAUUAAAGCAAACAAUUUACGAGUGACACAUCUUGUGGGCCACGGAAAUGCACAGGAUCACGGCAUGGAUGUCAAGAAACAGAAAAGAGUUCUAGACAAUCAAGAAAGGUACAGUUUUAUUGCAUGUUUUUUUUUAAAAUAAAUAUUUUGGUAAGUGUAAAAAAUGACUUGAUGUUUUCUUGCUGCAUUCAUAAAUGAAUUAUGAACUUUUCAUCACAUUAGAGCUGUUGAUAAAAGCACUCAAUAAAAGAGUACUCAAUUCAUUGCAAUACACAUUUUAUUAUAAUGAUGCUAGUUAUAGCCCACCAAUCAAUGGUGGGGGCUAUGCGUAUACUUCACAUCUCCUAAAAUUACUUGAAAAAAGAUGCAUUCAAGGGCUCUCUCCCCCCACCCCCCACCCCACCCCAACCCCCAGGUACAACACAGCAUUUUUUUUUCACACCCCUGAACUUUAUUAAUUUUGUAAUGUCUCAACCCCUUUCACACCGUAAAUUUAUUAUUUCAUAUUUAAUUUGAGACUAUUUUUGUGAAAAAAAAAAAAAAAAGUCAAUAUGACCCACCAGCUGGGAUAUUUCUAAGAAUUUCAUUGAGCCUAGUUAUGUGGAAUUUAAUUUUNAUGUCUCAACCCCUUUCACACCGUAAAUUUAUUAUUUCAAAUUUAAUUUGAAACUAUUUUUGUGAAAAAAAAAAAAAAAGUCAAUAUGACCCACCAGCUGGGAUAUUUCUAAGAAUUUCAUUGAGCCUAGUUAUGUGGAAUUUAAUUUUGCAGGCUAUUGAACUCACCAAUACUCCAUACUUUCUUUCACACAUAGAGAAUUAAAUUGAUUGAUGAGUUGCAAAAGAUAACCUUCAAAAUAAAAUGUUUGCAUCUUUUCCCAAAAUAUACAAGUAAAGGAUACUUCCCAACAAAAUGUUCAAUCAUUCAGAUGUGGGUUUUAACUUUCAAGACUUUUUAACAUCACUCCGCAUUCCAUCUAUUUAUUCGUCGCAUGUUUUUAAAAAUGUGAAACUCAUCCAUUGUGGAUGCUUUGCAAAAAUUUGUUGAAAGAACUUCUUUUAUUUACCAAUAUUUUUGGAAACCAUUCAGCAAGGAAAUAAAUUCAUUAGAAUGUGUUCACAGAUAAGGGGAGAAAAUAAAUUCAUUAGAAUGUGUUCACAGAUAAGGGGAGAAAAUAAAUUCAUUAGAAUGUGUUCACAGAUAAGGGGAGAAAAUAAAUUCAUUAGAAUGUGUUCACAGAUAAGGGGAGAAAAUAAAGUCAUUAGAAUGUGUUCACAGAUAAGGGGAGAAAAUAAAGUCAUUAGAAUGUGUUCACAGAUAAGGGGAGAAAAUAAAGUCAUUAGAAUGUGUUCACAGAUAAGGGGAGAAAAUAAAGUCAUUAGAAUGUGUUCACAGAUAAGGGGAGAUAAUAAAUUUAUUAGAAUUUGUUCACAGAUAAGGGGAGAUAAUAAAUUCAUUAGAAUUUGUUCACGGAUAAGGGGAGAUAAUAAAUUCUUUAGAAUAUGUUCACAGAUAAGGGGAGAAAAUAAAGUCAUUAGAAUGUGUUCACAGAUAAGGGGAGAAAAUAAAGUCAUUAGAAUGUGUUCACAGAUAAGGGGAGAAAAUAAAGUCAUUAGAAUGUGUUCACAGAUAAGGGGAGAUAAUAAAUUUAUUAGAAUUUGUUCACAGAUAAGGGGAGAUAAUAAAUUCAUUAGAAUUUGUUCACGGAUAAGGGGAGAUAAUAAAUUCUUUAGAAUAUGUUCAUAGAUAAGGGGAGAUAAUAAAUUCAUUAGAAUGUGUUCACGGAUAAGGAGAGAUAUAAGCAUGAUAUUUUUAGUCCAAUAUUAUUUCAUGUUUUUCUCUGUGUGCAUUUUGGACCUAUAGGUACAACAUUUUUGUAGCCACGUCCAUCAUGGAAGAAGGCGUUGACUUCCAGUCCUUGCAGCUCGUCGUGUCCAUGAACCCGCCUACAAGCUUGCGAGCCCUGGUUCAGAUCAGGGGACGCGCCCGCAGAAAGAACAGUCACUUUGUGAUCUUAUGCAGCAGUGAAGAGGAAGUCGAGAAAUUUGAGACCCUGCAACUUCAAGAGAAAAACAUGCAAGCCGCUGCCAAACGGUGCGUAGAGGAAGACAGAAAGGCUGGACAGCAGAAAUAGGCCAGGUUCAAGGCCUCUCUUACACUCUUAAUAACACUAAGACCUCACCAUGGCAGUUUUAUGGUUGGUGCGGUACAAGAGGUAAAAAUGUGAUAAUCCAUUUAUGACUGGAUUUUAAAAUGUUCACUACUGUUCCAUAAAUGGAUAAACCUAGAUUGGGCCAUUUAAUUCCAGAUGGAUAAAAUAAUAAGAACAAAGAGGAGUAAAAUAUUUAAUAUCCUAUACUUUGUGACU